AUGCGCGUCUCGAUCCUCGCUUCCUUGGUCCUGGCCGGCGGAAGCGCUUCCGUCGCCACCAGGUGCUCGGGCCUGGGCAGCUCCUCGACAAACUCGUCGACGACGGCGCCUUCGUGCAAGUAUCUGCCCGGAGACGCGGGAUGGCCCUCUGCGAACACCUGGGCGCAGCUCAACGAGACCGUCGGGGGACGUCUGGUCGCUACCGUCCCGCUGGGAAGCGCAUGUCACGGCGAUGCUUACAACGCGACUGAGUGCGCUCGUCUUCAGGAGGCGUGGCUCUAUUCGGAAGUCCACAUGGAGUCCUCCUCCUCGGUUAUGGCCCCCCUGUUCGCCAACGCCAGCUGCGACCCUUUCACGGCGCAAGACGUCCCUUGCACCUUGGGUAACUAUGUCAGCUACGCAGUGAACGCCUCUGGGCCCGCGGACGUCCAGGCCGCGCUCAAGUUCGCGGAUGAAAAGAAUGUGCGUUUCAUCAUCCGGAACACGGGUCACGACUACAACGGCCGGUCGACCGGUGCCGGUGCCCUGGCCAUCUGGACCCACUACCUGAAGGGAACCGAGAUCGUGGACUGGGAUGAUGAGCAUUACGCCGGCAAGGCCCUCAAGGCUGGCGCGGGCGUGCAAGGCUUCGAGGCCAUCGCCGCCGCCAACGAAGCUGGGCUUGCCGUCGUUACGGGAGAGUGUCCUACCGUUGGCAUUGCUGGAGGCUAUGUUCAAGCCGGCGGCCACUCUGCUCUUAGCACCAUCUACGGCCUGGCCGCCGACAACACCCUCUCCUUCGAGGUCGUCACCCCGACGGGAGAGCUCCUCACGGCCUCGAGAGCAGAGAAUGAAGACCUGUACUGGGCCCUGAGCGGAGGCGGCGGCGGCAACUACGGCGUCGUCACCUCCAUCACCACCCGCGCCCACCCCGACGCCCCCGUCAGCGGUGCCAAGUUCGCCGUCACCGUCGCCGACAACGAGACGCUGUACCAAGUCAUUGACGCCUUCCACGCCGCUCUCCCGGCCAUCGUCGACUCGGGCGUCAUGAUCAUCUACUUCUUCGGCCCGGGCUUCCUCCAGUCCCCGGCCAUGACGGCCUACAACAAGACCCAGGCCGAGGUCGAACAGAUCCUCCAGCCCUUCACCGACUCCCUCGCCCAGCUCAACAUCACCCUCCAGCCAAACCUCACCUCCUUCGACAGCUACCGCGACCACUACAACAACUACUGGGGCCCCUUACCCUCCGGCAACAUCCAAGUCGGCACCCAGCUCUUCGGCGGCCGUCUCCUGCCCCGCGCCGUCCUCCCCGACUUCGGCCCCACCGCGCGGCAGCUGGUCGAGCUGGGCGUCACCUACAUCGGCGUCGGCCUCAACGUCUCGCACUUUGGCCACGACGGCGCCGACGAGAGCGCCAAGUUCAACGCCGUCCUGCCCCAGUGGCGCGACUCCAUCGUCCAGGUCUCCCUGACCCUGCCCUGGAGCUUCGAGGUGCCCUUCGAGGACAUGGUGGCCGAGCAGACGCGCAUGACCGAGGUCGUGCAGCCCGUCAUCGAGGCGGCUACCCCGGGCGCGGGCGCGUACAUCAACGAGGCCGAUUUCCAGCAGGAGGAUUGGCAGGAGACGUUUUACGGCGUAAACUACGAGGCUCUGCUGGGCAUCAAGAACAAGUACGACCCCAAGGGUCUGCUGUAUAACGUGGCCGCUGUCGGUAGCGAGGCUUGGACUGUGGAUAACGAUGGACGCAUGUGCAAGAGCAGCUAA